UUUGCUUUAACCAUUCACCAAUUGGUGGUUGUUUCAUUACAUUUGGAGAAUGCAUUUUUUCGAUUUUCAUAUUGCAAGAAUUUCCUUGUUAGAGGAAUUUUUUCGACUCUGUGGUUUUUAUUUUUCGCCAGAUAUGUUGUCACAUAUUUUUUUAUAAGUCUCCGUAUCUUACGAAAUCAAGUUCUCUAGUUACCCGAAAUGCACGUUGCACGAAGACUUCGGAAGGCUUUUGGACAGCGGACAAAUCACGGAUGUGGAUUUCGUUGUGGGAUCGGAAAAAGUUGAAAUUAAAGCCCACGCCUGUAUGAUUGCUGCCCGUUGCGAAUUUUUGAAGCAGAAAUUGCGUCAAACGAAGAACUGCAAAAAUCUCGUUCCAAUGGUGGUGCAAUUGCCGGAUGCUGACCCAGUGGCUUUCAGGUUUGUUCUGGACUACAUCUACACGGACAAGAUCGAUCCAACAAAGAAAUUUUCUGACCCGUACAGCAACGAUGUUGUGCUGGCCAUGAUGGAUGUUUACCGACUUGCAGUUGACGUAAGUGUUUUUUUUAAACUUGUUAUGAAAGUUUAA